CUUGUGGCUGAUAUUCUGUGCAACGAACUCACUUGAACUGCCACAGGCUAGGAUUCAGGGGGCCUCUCUUCUCAUUUUCCUCCUUUCAUCUCACUCUUCCUCUCUCCAUUUCAAGCCCGAGAGGAGUGUGAGAGAGAGAGAAAGAGUCUGCAAUGGAGUCCGCAAUUACCAUCAGUAAUCACGUUAAUCUCGCCUUUUCUCUCUCCAGAAACCCCAGUUUAUCCACCAAGAAUUCUGCUGGCAUAUCUUGCAUAAAAUGGCAGAGACCAUGCCUAAGAAAUUUAGGCCAUGUGAGACUCAACCAGCAAAGGAAGGGUACAAGAAGAAAGUCAACCUUAGUGCAGGCUGUAGCAGUCCCAGUUGCACAACCUUCCGCCUUCCCCCCGACAGAUAACACAGAACACCUUAAACAGCUAGCAGAGAGAUACGGUUUCCAACAAAUUGGUGAGCCACUUCCUGAUGAUGUUACAAUGAGGGACAUAAUUACCUCACUUCCUAAGCAGGUGUUUGAGAUAAAUGACACAAAAGCAUGGGGAACAGUUCUAAUAAGUGUGACUUCAUAUGCUUUGGGUAUCUUUAUGAUUGCCAAAGCCCCUUGGUAUUUGCUUCCUCUUGCCUGGGCAUGGACAGGCACUGCAAUCACAGGGUUUUUCGUGAUAGGGCAUGAUUGUGCUCACAAGUCCUUUUCAAAGAAUAAGCUAGUUGAAGACAUUGUUGGGACUCUUGCAUUUAUGCCGCUUAUUUAUCCUUAUGAACCAUGGCGCUUCAAGCAUGAUCAGCAUCAUGCAAAAACUAAUAUGUUGCGUGAAGAUACAGCUUGGCUUCCGAUCAUGAAAGAAGAUAUAGAGUCAUCUCCGGGCUUGCGUAAAGCUCUAAUAUACGCUUAUGGUCCUCUUCGAACUUGGAUGUCAAUAGCUCACUGGUUAAAGGUUCACUUCAAUUUGAAGAAUUUCAGACAGAGUGAAGUGAAGCGUGCUACGAUAAGCUUAGCUGCUGUUUUCGCAUUUAUGGUUAUAGGUUGGCCCCUGAUAAUAUAUAAAACCGGAAUAGUUGGAUGGAUCAAGUUCUGGCUAAUGCCAUGGUUGGGCUACCAUUUUUGGAUGAGUACUUUCACAAUAGUUCAUCAUACAGCGCCUCAUAUCCCUUUUAAAAGUUCAAAGGAGUGGAAUGCAGCACAGGCACAGCUUAGCGGAACUGUACACUGUGACUAUCCCCGUUGGAUAGAGAUCUUGUGUCAUGAUAUCAGUGUGCAUAUUCCUCAUCAUAUCUCUCCUAAAAUUCCAAGUUACAAUUUGCGAGCAGCUAAUCAGUCCCUAAAUGAGAACUGGGGAAAGUACCUAAACAAGGCAAAAUGGAAUUGGCGUUUGAUGAGAACAAUAAUGACAACAUGUCAUAUAUACGAUAAAGAUGAAAAUUACGUCUCUUUUGAGAAAGCUGUCCCUGAAGAAUCACAGCCGAUAUCAUUCCUUAAAAGAGUGAUGCCUGAUUAUGCUUGAUAACAUAUCAUUGCGCUACAUUUGGUGCAGUCAAGUUUUUACUUUCAACUUGGCCAUUUUGUAUCGGUAGGGUUAAAGGCAGAGGCAAGCUAGGGACAACAAAAAACUAUCACGUCGCAUCUCAGGAAUGAAGCAUUUAGCUAGCUGUACGGAUUAUAAUAAUUUUGUAAGAAAUCUGAAUGUUUCACAAUAAUUUUGUGCUUUCUUUACUGAAUAUAUCUCUUUCUCGAUUGCUCUCAAGAUAAUGUAUCAUCACUACUUGGGAUUCCAUCUUUUAGUUUUCCUUAAUUUGUUUCUA